ACACAACAGGCAGCUAUCAACGGGCGUAUCCGUAUCUCUUAGCGCUACACACACUGCACGAUGUGGAGGUGGCCUUUCUAAAGCAGCAGAGUGCACAGACCCACACAUCAGCUCCAUCCAUCACACCUGACGCCAUCAACCAGUGGGAAGCUCGCCUGGAACUGCUGCAGGAGUCAGACAAUGCCAGAGAGCCCGUGCUGAAUAUGCGGCGGCUACUGCUGGGCAUGGAGGAGGAGUUGUGG